AUGUGCGAAUCACAUAUAAUAUAUCAACUCUGUGGCCAUGUCAAAGUCAAGGUCAUCGUCCAAUGCGCUGACAUGAUUGACAGACUCAUCGCUUCACAUCCCAAGGGCAGCUUUUCGACUCAUCAGUGCGGUAGCCAGAGCGACGACCUACAUAUUUUCCCAGAUAUAUGCGACACUUGCAAGCAGAACGGGGUCGUCGCAGAGUAUAUUGACCGGCCUGGCGGGAAGGUGGAAGUGCUGCAAGCCUGGAGGAAGGAGGACCAAAAGCAGUCUGCCCAAGAGCAGAAGUCAGCCGCUCGGGAUGAUACGAAUGGCAACGAGAGUCAGGGUUCCAAUGAUGCCGACUCAGGCGAAACACUCUCGAUUAUAUCCUUCUCGGAAAGUGCGGAUGAGUCCUGCGCCGAAACACUAAGUCCGGUAGAACCCUCAUCUGUGUCCAGCGUGACAUCCAGCCAAACUUCCCAUGAAGCAAAAAGUUCAGAUCUCAGCGGUCUGAAGGCCCGCGUCGCUGGGUUGACCGCGCGAACCGACCGGCUUCUCUUGCAGAUUCGUGCGCACAAAACGACCUCGACGCGGCGAACCAACAUUUGA